GCCGGGGUCCGGGGCUCGACGUUAGUCCCUGGGGGAUGUGGAGAGCUGGCAGUAUGUCGGCGGAGCUGGGGGUCGGGCUUGCCCUGAGGGCGGUGAACGAGCGCGUGCAGCAGGCGGUGGCGCGGCGACCGCGGAGGAUGAUGGGGUACAUGAAAACUGAGCCGUAGGAGGAUACGUGCAGGUAUCCUCUGUGUGGAUUUGGUUGCAGCAGAAUCCAGGCAAGCCCUGCUCUUUAGAUAACGGCCAUGAGAGGGCGAUCAGGAGCUCCCAGCCAUCCAGCCCCGGCUAGUAGCAGUCAGCAAAACCAAACCUGCAGACAUGGUGAUCGAGGCGUACCGUCACGGGCAGCGCACUUUCGGGGAGAACUACGUUCAGGAACUGCUUGAAAAAGCAUCAGAUCCUAAAAUUCUGUCCUCGUGUCCUGAGAUCAAAUGGCACUUCAUUGGCCAUCUACAGAAACAAAAUGUCAACAAAUUGAUGGCUGUCCCCAAUCUCUCCAUGCUGGAAACAGUGGAUUCUGUGAAGCUGGCAGACAAAGUGAACAGUGCAUGGCAGAAAAAAGGUUCUCCUGAAAGGUUAAAGGUUAUGGUCCAGAUUAACACCAGUGGAGAGGAGAGCAAACAUGGCCUGCCCCCCGCAGAGAUGGUGGCCGUGGUGGAGCACAUCAGCGCCAGCUGCCCCAGCCUGGAGUUCGUGGGGCUGAUGACCAUCGGGAGCUUUGGGCAUGAUCUUAGUCAAGGACCAAACCCGGACUUCCAGGUGUUGCUGUCCCUCCGGGAGGAGCUGUGCAGAAAGCUGAGUGUCCCUGCCGAGCGGGUGGAGCUGAGCAUGGGCAUGUCUGUGGACUUCCAGCACGCGAUUGAAGUGGGAUCUACGAAUGUCCGAAUAGGAAGCACCAUUUUUGGAGAGCGAGAUUACUCCAAGAAAGCUGCACCGGACACGCCCGCAGCUGAGCUGAAGGCCCCGGCACCGGAGGUGGCCCAGACGCACUGAGCAGUGGCCCAGCCUGAGGGCCGAGUCCAGGAAGACUGUGCACUCACCUGGACUUUCACUUCCACGUCCCCCAUGCCACAACACAACCACGCCCUCCUGGGGACCAGGAGAGAGCACACCGGCGUUUAUAUGCGUCGAUGGAAACCAUCUGACUUAAUAUCUGACAUGGGAGGCUCGCCUCAAGCCGUGGCUUUGGAUUGGAUUUGAGGAAUCCAGAUGUUUCUGCAGAACAGAUACCAAGGCGCUACCAGGAGUUGAGCUCAGGCUUGCCCAUCACCCAAGAGCACCAACCAACCCACGAAUGCCUUUCCCAGGUUAAAACUUGCCAUCUGAUGCCUGUAAUCGCCAAAGUCGGAGGGAUUCCCACUUGUCAUCCACUUGAAUAGAAAAUCCCCCGUUACCAACUCCGUACAAACUGAGCAGCCUUCCCUGCCGCUCUGGAGCAGCAUGGUUUCCGCCCCCAGUGUCCACCCCACCCAAUAAUGGUCUGGUCUCCACUCCAGAAUGGCAGGACAGGUAACUUAGGACCCGACUCGAGUUAAUUCUCCAAACCCGCAGUGUGGCUGGUGAGACUUGCAUCACCGGCCACCAUGUGGUGUCAACCCGAAGAUUGCAGGGCAGCUAAUGGAAGCGGGCCUCGGGCCUUUCUAACCUCCUCCUCCAGAGACAGGACUUUGAGUUUUCCCCCCCGAGCCCUACGCUGAUGAGAAUUGAAUGAUAGGAUCUCUCAGCCACCACAGUCCCCAUUCCUGCGACAUCUUAUCCAAGACCGGUGCGUCUCAUAGCUCCCCAGAAAUGAAAGAGUCCCUCAAAGCCAGUUCAGGUUCACAGUCUCAAAAAGGCCUGGCGUUGAGGUUCCUGUUCCUGGGAGCACUGUUUAGGCACAUGUAUAGCCUUCUCUCCCGACCAUAUUUAUAAGCCAGAAUUUUGCAACUCAGAAUUUUGCAUCUCUUGAUUGUUAAAAAAGAGUAGCUAGCUCUUCAAAACCCAGAAGGCACAAUUCUCAGCUAAUCAGACAGCCAACUGUAGUCUGGGUCGUUGUUUGUUUCCUAGGUGUUUUUUUUCUUUAUUUAUUCAAGCCCUGGUCUUUAAUUUUAUGAAACAAUUUCCAUGAUGCUGCUGCCGAAUGUAAUUUUGUAAAACUUAAACCAUGAGGGUUCCUGUACUGUUUCCGUCAGAGCUACAGUGUGGUAUUUCAGAGUCCAUUAAAUAAAAAUGUGAGUUUCAAUUAUGCCAUCUGUGCCAAUUACAAAGCAAUUAAAAGAUUUAUU